UACUGGCGUGGGAGUGACAACACCAGCAGGUGAAGGUCUGGCGGUGACAGCCGUGGCACAGAUGGCGUGGGAGAAGUUCCCUGGCCGCUUGUGGCGCGGGCUGCAGCUGCCGGUAAUGACAGUGUGGCCGGCAGGACGGCUGGGGAACUUGAUGUCUGAGUACGCGACCUUGUAUGCCCUGGGAAAGACAUAUGGUAUCACGGUCAGGAUUCACCCACGCAUGUACACCGUAUUAAGACGCAGAUUCCCUCAUCUGUCAAUACCUCUGCUUCCAGGGAACACCAGCCUGGACGAGUGGGAGGCAGUAGGUGGGGUGAGUCUGACCAACUACGCUGACGCUGAGGCAGCCGCGGCCGGGCUCCUGGGGCCUAACCUGUUUAUUAUGAACGGUACGCCACAUGAGAGCCAACUGUUCCACGCAUUCCGGAAGGACCUUCUACGUGAACUAACCUUCUCGGACUCCAUCACCAAUAAGGCUCAGGCCUUUCUGUCCAGCGUAGUGAAGGAGAGGACCACCAACGCCUCCAACCCCACCUUCGUCGGCUUCCACAUCAGGCGAGGCGACUACAAUGACUGGUUGAUGGUGAUUGGCGGACGCAUGCCUAGCGGGAGGUACUACCGUAGAGCCCUGAACCACUUCCGUCUUAACUACCACAAUGUUGUCUUCAUCGUCGCCUCCGAUGACCGCCAACACAUCAACCACACCUUCGCCGGCCACCCUGAUGUUGUCCUGGCCCCAGGGAGGUCUGCGGAGGAGGACCUGGGCAUCCUGGCGGCGUGUAACCACAGCAUCAUGACGGUGGGCACCUUCGGGUUCUGGGGCAGCUACCUGGCGGGCGGCGAGGUCCUCUUCCCCAACACCACCUAUUCCAAACGUUAUAAAAUGGGACCCGAGUGGAUCCGGUACUCUAAACUGGACUUCUUCACACCUGUCAAUGAUGACUAACCCGAGUGGUCUAAAACCUACAAAACCAAGAUAUUUUUAGGUGUUUCCAUAUUGUUUUACGUAAGAUAAUUGAAUUGGAAGCACUACCACAAGACAACAACAGCUGGGUCUACGUCGGAGACUGGUCGAUUCGUACAUAAUCGUUUCGGAUAAUGUCGAUUCGGUACACAAAAAAACCACUUCGUUCACUGACAAUUUUGCAUACACGAACCUUUUCGUAUAUUCAUAUGCACUGGCUUGUCUUCGCUGCUGUUCUCAUCUUCCAAGACAAUAAAAUGUUCUUGGUUACGGUCUGAGUUUUUCCACACCGAAUAUAGAUGUGAAUUAUGUAGAUAUUGCCAAAGGUUUUCGCAAUCUGGUGAAAUAUAGUGAGAUUUCAGCUGAUGACAUUAACAUUUGCAAGGGUAUGGUGUACGGGUUUUUACUUAAUUAAAGGUACAGUUCCUAAUUGUCCAGGUAGGUUUAUUCAAGCGUUCAAAACCCUCAAAAAAGAUAACUCUCUGCACAUCACAAAGACUGAUAAAUCCAAUGCUGUUGUCAUCAUGAAUAAGGAUGACUGCGUCCAUAAAAUGAACCUGUUAUUGGAUGUCAGAGAUACUUACUUACCGGUUAAUAGUGACCCUAUUAAAAAAAGUUAUUGCUCAUUUUAACAAAA